AUGGCCCUCACUUCCUGGGACCUCCACGAAGCCGAAGCACGUCUAGUAAACUACCACCGAUCACUUACCAAAAACCCAAAAACCAUACGUCAUAAUAAAUGGCGGCCAGAUGCGACGGAGUUUGGAGAAUUAGAAUUAAAAGAUUUGGUUUUUGAGGGGAUUUUGGGGGCUGGUGGGUUUGGGAGUGUUUACCGCGUACUAAACCUCAAAACCCAAAACCACUACGCCUUAAAAAUCCAAUCCGAAACCGCCGAGCAGCGGGACUCACGACAAAAGCGAACCAACACACCCUCUACACCACACACAAGGGACGAAGCAAAAACUUCCACACCAUCCCUAACACCCUCCUCAGAAUCAAGUAUCCACUCUAUCCAAGACGUUUCUAUCCGCAAUCUAAUUUCCAAACGGUAUCGCGAAAACCGGUGUUAUUUACAAUACAUCAAGAGCGGACAUCCGAACAUCUGCGCACUGGAAGCUUUUCUCGAUUUUACCUCUGAGAUCGGUGAUCCUAGUGAGCAGAGGCCUGUGAUUCUGGCGAGUUAUUACGAGUAUUGUGAAGGGGGGACGUUGCAGGAAAUCAUUGAUGGUUAUGGGGAUGGGUACAGGAAACGCGCGCGGAUUAUUGAGGAGAAUCGAGAGGCGGAAAUCUUUAAUCGGUGGACUGUCUUGAGUCGAUCGAGGUGGGAGAGAAUUGAGGAUGUGCCUCGUAGGAAACAUCCUCCGGAAUUAUUUAUUUGGCAUAUUUUUACGCAGUCGAUGGGUGCGAUUGCUUUUCUUCAUAAUGAACAUCCGGAUUAUAUGGACAGGGAGGAACAUCGUAGGAGAGCUAUGGUUAUGACGAUGGAUUUGGCACCUGGGAAUAUUUUUUUGAAGUGGAAUACGAAGGAUGUGAAACAGAGGAGGAGAACGUAUCCGGAUGCUAAGGUGGGGGAUUUUGGGGGUGCAAGUUUUGUGCCAAAGGGAGGUCACUUGGUUAUGGGUGGGGAGAGAUUGGAUUUCGUGUGGAGCGAUCCACCUGAGUCUGAUGUUUAUGAUGGAAAAACUGAUGUGUGGUGUAUAGGGGCUAUGAUUUAUAUGUUAGGAACUCAAGCGAAGAUGUGUCAGCAUAAAGAAGAGGGAGUGAGAGAUGAUGGAACGAAAGAAGGGGAACUUAGAGAUGAACGGAUGAAAAGAGAAGAGAGACAGAGACUGAAUCCGGAAAGAGUGGGUGAAUUAGAGGGAAUGUAUAGUUCGACGUUGAAUAAAGCGGUGAAAGCAGCGUUGAGGAUCGAAAGGGAUAAAAGACCUAGUUCGGGACCUUUUUGUAAACAACUUGAAAAUUCUUAUCGGAUGCGUAAACCGCUUAUGUUUAGAACAUUGCCUGAAUGGGCUUUAUCGGGGAGAAGGAUUUUGAAGUAUAAAUUUCCCGAAGGAAGGGUUGAGCAUUUAGUGAGUGGGGAAUCUGAAAAGGAGAAUGAGAAAAUGGAGCAAGAAGAAAUGUUAAGGAUGCAGGAACAAGCCAGAGAGGCUGCGUUGAUGUGGGUUGAGAAGGAUAGAAAGUUGAAAUUUGGAAUAAAACUGGAGGAAUGGGAGGAGGGUGAUGAUGAGGAUCAUGCGAAAUUUUUGAGCGAGAUGAUCAGGGAUACUCCGGAGUUUUAUAAAGAGCUUUUGGCAGAGGCCAAGAUUAGUGUACCGAGUCCUUGA